AUGUUUACUGGUAUAGUUGAGCUGUUGGCACCGAUUAUCGAUAUCCAGCCUCUGGAUACGACAAAAUCAGGUGGAAAUGGAUAUUCGAUGACGAUUGGAAAGACUGGAUCAAUCUUGCAUGAUUGCAAUAUUGGAGAUAGUAUCGCAGUGAAUGGAACAUGUUUAACCGUAACAGAAUUCGAUGCAAAUAAAGAUGGCGGUUAUUUCAAAAUUGGCAUCGCACCCGAAACGUUGAGAAGGACAAAUUUAGGUGAAUUAAAAGUAGGACAAGGAGUUAAUUGCGAACGUGCAAUGCACGCGCAUACGAGGUUUGGUGGACAUUUUGUUCAAGGACACGUUGAUACUACGGCAGUGAUCAGAAGUGUGGUACCAACGGGAAAUGCAUUAACGAUCACAAUGCGAUUGACAUAUGCACCUGAUCUACUACCACUUCCAUCAGAAUUGGCGCCUUUCUUGAUUCCUAAAGGAUAUAUCACACUUGACGGAGCUUCUCUUACUUUGAUCGACGUUUCGCCACCUACUGGAGGUCGAAUUAACGCCAACUCUGCAGGCGAGACCACCGAAGAUGCGGCCGGCACGACAAAGCAAUCGGAAACAAUUGAAUUCAGCGUAAUGCUGAUCAAACAUACGCAAGAGGUGAUCGGAUUAAGUGCAAAGAAGCCAGGAGAAAAGGUGAAUGUGGAAAUGGAUAUGGUAGGCAAAUACGUUCAUAGAGCCGUUUUGGCGGGAUUGUCAGCUGAGCAACCGGCUAAUCCGAUCGAUGCAGCUCCGAAAAGCUCAAGUAGUGGAAGUGGACAAGAAACGCUUACGGCUUUGAUCGAGAGGACAGUGAGAAAAGUUCUGUCGGAACAAAAGUGA